AUGAGUGGAUUUGGAACGAGGAAUAGACAAAUGAAACAUGAGUGGGGUGAGAAGCCAAGUAAAAUAAAAAGGGCUCCAAGAAUAAAUCUGACUGUCUCAAGAAAAACCAUGAAAGGACGAUUCCUUGGGAUCAAAAGUUGUUCUCCUCGCCACAGAAUCUUAAGAACAGGCACUAAAGAGAAAAAUUGUCCAGCCAAGAAAAAGAGUAGAAACAUUGCAAAGUCCAAGAUAUUGACGAAGAAGAAUACUUCAAGAGUCUUGAGCCCAGCCGCUCGAAUAGUCUGCAAACUUAUUAAAAGCGAAGAAAUUUUGAGGGGAUCUUCUUCAAGGAAGAGCUCAAAGAAAGAGGCUUCUUACUUUAAAAAUGUUCGAAGGAUGAUGAAGUUACGCAUCAAGCAUAAGCCUUCAAAGUUCACCAAAUCAGGCAAAUCGAAGAAAUCGUCCAACCUCAAAAUGUCCAGAAUAUUUGAAAGCUCCACAAUGGCUUCAACUAAGGCUAACGUCUCUGUGAAUCAAAGAUAUAUCAAUGCUUCAACGAUGCAGACUCUUCCAGAACAGAUAGGUGCGAACAAAAGCAGGCAAUCUGAGUUUGUCUGCUCAAAUUUACCAAGCAAACAUUUUGAGGUUUACAAUUCAAUGAAUCAAGAAGAAAAUCCUGGUGAUAUUCUUGCUAAGUUUCUUCCCCAACACGUCUCUGAUUCAUCCGCAGAUAUCUGAUUUCCAACUUUGGACCAAGACAAAUGCAGGGACUUCCUUGGAACGCUAUCCCAGAAAUAACUAAAUAUGUUCAUAAAAUUGAUCAAUUCAUGAAUCAAA